GUCGAGGAGGCAGUGGAAAGGGAGGAAGACAAUGACACGGAGCCGCGCUGGGAGUGGGACGCGUCCGUUGUUCUGCCGCAGCGGCGUCGCCUUUAUGCUCCGUCGAUCGGGCGUGAUGAUGAUGAUGAUGAUGAUGAUGAACUCUUGCACGGUGUCAAUCGCGUGGAUUUCUGGAUUUCUGGACCCGACACGGGAGGUGCUCCCGCCCCCUGCCCCCCACGUCCACAUCGCUUAACGUUAAGACUUUUAUUGAAUUGAUUCACGCCUGCGAUACAAGAUAUUCUUUGUCACCGUGAUUUAUACUCCGUUGCCGGUAAACGAUGUCCGCUCAGGCUUGGAUUUUUUCGCCAAAUUGACUCCACAAAUUGCGUGCUGGGUGUAAGUCACGUGACAUCGUGGCGUCGUCCUGUGAACUCGCUUAAGAAAAACUACAGGGGGCCGAGACACCCUCCGGGAGGUUUCACCAUGGACGACUCUGGCAUCAUUCGAAGGCGAAGGCUCCAGAAGGACCUUCCACUGCCACGGAAAAGUAGCAGCUGCAGAACGAGCAACAGGAAAAGUCUCAUCCUGACCAGCACGUCCCCCACCCUGCCCAGGCCUCACUCCCCACUGCCUGGACACAUUGGAAGCAGCCCAUUGGACAGCCCACGCAACUUCUCGCCAAGUGGGCCCGCCCACUUCUCUUUCGCCUCUUCAAGAAGGCCUGACGGUCGGAGAUGGUCCCUGGCUUCGCUGCCGUCCUCGGGAUAUGGCACCAAUACACCAAGUUCUACGUCGUCCAGCUCGUCCCAAGAACGUCUGCACCAGCUGCCCUUCCAGCCCACCGUGGACGAGCUGCACUUCCUGUCCAAGCACUUUGGCAGCACCGAGAGCAUCACGGACGACGACGGGGGCCGCCGCUCGCCGCACGUCCGUCCUCGCUCUCGGAGCCUCAGCCCGGGGCGCUCGCCGUCCUGCUACGACAAUGAAAUCGUGAUGAUGAACCACGUGUACAAGGAGCGCUUCCCCAAGGCCACAGCGCAGAUGGAGGAGAGGCUAGCAGAGUUCAUCCACAACUACUCCCCGGAGAGCGUUCUGCCUCUGGCCGACGGCGUCCUCAGCUUCAUCCAUCACCAGAUCGCCGAGCUGUCCCGAGACUGCCUGACCAAAUCGCGAGAGGGCCUCAUUACCAGUGUUUACUUCUGCGAACUUCAGGAAAACUUGGAGAAACUCCUGCACGACGCGUACGAACGCUCGGAGAGCUCGGAGCUCACCUUUGUCAUCGAGCUGGUCAAGAAGCUCUUUAUCAUCAUAUCUCGACCGGCCAGGCUGCUGGAGUGCUUGGAAUUUAAUCCGGAAGAGUUCUACCAUCUGUUGGAGGCCGCGGAGGACCACGCCAAGGAGGGCCAGUUGAUGAAGGCGGACAUCCCCCGAUACAUCAUCAGCCAGCUCGGGCUCACUAGGGACCCCCUGGAAGACAUCGUGAGCCUGGACAGCUACGACAGCGAAGGUCCGCACACGCCAGAGACGGAUGACUCGGCAGAGGGUAAAGGGAGAGCCAUCAAACCACCGAGUGAGGAGGACUUUCAGAACAUCAAACUAAUCAGCAAUGGCGCGUACGGGGCCGUGUACCUGGUGCGCCACAGGGAGACCCGACAGCGCUUUGCCAUGAAGAAGAUCAACAAGCAGAAUCUGAUCUUGAGGAACCAGAUCCAGCAGGCCUUUGUCGAGAGAGACAUCCUCACCUUUGCCGAGAACCCCUUUGUGGUUUCCAUGUUUUGUUCCUUUGAAACACGCAGACACUUGUGCAUGGUGCUGGAGUACGUCGAGGGUGGCGACUGUGCCACGUUGUUGAAGAACAUCGGGGCGCUCCCUGUGGAGCUGGCCAGGAUGUACUUUGCCGAGACCGUUCUGGCCCUGGAGUACCUGCACAACUACGGCAUCGUUCACCGAGACCUGAAGCCAGACAAUCUAUUGAUCACCUCCAUGGGCCACAUCAAGCUGACUGACUUUGGCUUGUCCAAAAUGGGCCUGAUGAGCCUCACCACCAAUUUGUACGAAGGACACAUUGAGAAAGACGCCAGGGAGUUCCUGGAUAAGCAGGUGUGCGGUACCCCGGAGUACAUCGCACCCGAGGUGAUUCUCCGUCAGGGCUACGGGAAGCCGGUGGAUUGGUGGGCGAUGGGCAUCAUCCUCUAUGAGUUCCUUGUGGGCUGUGUGCCCUUCUUUGGAGACACUCCCGAGGAGCUGUUCGGACAGGUCAUCACUGAUGAUAUGGUUUGGCCCGACGGUGACGACGCCUUACCCGAGGAGGCACAAGCCCUCAUCUCCGCCCUGCUGCAGACCAACCCUCUCGUGAGGCUGGGCACAGGCGGAGCGUUUGAGGUGAAGGAGCACCCGUUCUUCACGGAGCUCGACUGGAACAGUUUGCUGCGACAGAAAGCCGAGUUCGUCCCUCACCUGGAGUCGGAGGAGGACACCAGCUACUUUGAUACACGCUCCGAUCGUUACCACCACAUCAACACGUACGACGGGGACGACACCAACGAUGACGAGCCGGUGGAGAUCAGACAGUUUUCCUCCUGCUCCCCUCGCUUCAGCAAGGUGUACAGCAGCAUGGAGCAUCUCUCUCAACUGGAGCAUAAAGUUUCCACCUCCGUGUCCCGUCGGGAGCACAAGGGCUCAAGGGAGGACAAGGUGACCAAGAGAGAGAGUCUGGGAAGCUUCAGCAUGAGGGACAAGAGUUGGAGGACUGGAUCUCCUGAAAUGAAGCGCCUUUCCUGCUCUGAGUCGCUCUACGUGGAGGGUGACGCCAGCCCUCCUCUAGGCGCGCGGCGACGCUUCUCGGCGCUGAUGGACACGCAUCGCUUUGCCUCCCCCAUCGAGGGCGAACCUGAAUUUCUGUCCAGGCCAACCCCCAUCAGGGUCCGGGGAACCUCCCUGGACGGGACCGGUGUUCCCUCAACACACCACGGGGAGCCGAGGAACAGUUUGAAAGAGCACAACGGAGCUGACAAGCUGCCUAAGCAAGGAGAGGCACCUGGAGUCGUGAGCGUUAACACGUUAGCUCCCGCAGCAGUGGGCCGCGAUGUGAUGACGCCUCUGUACGACCCUCUCGGGGCUCGGGCCACCAAUGACCUGGUCCUCAGGAGGGCGCGUCACCCGCAUUUGUCUGGGGAUGGGGACAAACGGAACUCCAGGGCUGGCAACAAGGUCAUCAAAUCCGCCUCGGCCACAGCCCUGUCUGUCAUCAUACCGUCUGUGGAGCAGCACGGUGGUUUCUCUCCAUUGGCUAGUCCCAUGUCCCCCCACUCGUUCUCCUCCAAUCCGUCAUCCCGCGACUCUUCGCCCAGUCGAGACUUCUUUCCGGCAGUCAGUGUGCUGCGCUCGCCCAUCACCAUCCAUCGCUCUGGAAAGAAAUACGGCUUCACCUUGAGGGCCAUCAGGGUCUAUAUUGGAGACAGCGAUAUCUACAGCGUGCAUCAUAUAGUCUGGCAUGUGGAGGAAGGCGGCCCAGCCCAGGAAGCCGGUCUGUGUGCAGGCGACCUCAUCACUCAUGUGAACGGUGAGCCGGUCCACGGUCUGGUCCACACUGAGGUGGUCGAGCUUAUCCUCAAGAGCGGCAACAAGGUGACAGUGACGACCACGCCGUUCGAGAACACCUCAAUUAAAGUGGGUCCUGCCCGCAAGGCCAGUUCUAAGUGUAAGAUGGCCCGGAGACACAAGAGGACCGUGGGCAAGGACGCCCAGGACAGUAAGAAGCGAAGCUCGCUGUUCCGCAAGAUCACCAAGCAGUCCAAUCUCCUCCACACCAGCCGCAGUUUGUCCUCUUUGAAUCGCUCGCUCUCCUCCAGCGAGAGUCUUCCCGGCUCGCCAACGCACAGCCUCUCUGCCCGGUCCCCAACUCAAGGGUACCGUUCCUCUGCUGAGACAUCGUACCUGGGUGCUUCAUCUCAAAGCAGCUCUCCAGCCUCCAGCACUCCAAACUCCCCCGCUCCCUCGCAGCACAUGAGGCCCAGUUCCCUCCACGGGCUUUCCCCCAAACUGCACCGCCAGUACCGCUCUUCCCGUUGCAAGUCUGCCGGCAACAUCCCCUUGUCCCCACUGGCCCACACCCCAUCUCCCACCCAGUCCUCGCCUCCUCCCUUACCGGGCCACACUGUGGGAAGUUCCAACACCACUCAGUCCUUCCCUGUCAAGCUCCACUCGUCACCCCCGGUGGUCCGUCCCAGGCCGAAGAGCGCGGAGCCCCCGCGCUCUCCCCUUCUGAAGCGCGUGCAGUCGGCAGAGAAGCUCGGCUCGCCUUUGACGCAGUCCGGCGCGACGGGAGGACUCGGGGGUCCGUUGAGGAAGCACAGCCUCGAAGUGCAGCAUUCUGAGUACCGCAAGGACGCCUUCCUGUGUGAACUGGGCCUCCAGAGUCUGCUCGAGACAGACGGGGAGAGUUUGCCCCCGAAUCCUCCGCCACUGCCGUGCUCCUCGUCCUCUGCGGGCUCGGAGACCCGUGCGCUGAAGCCCGUGAGGAGAUUAGGCAGGCAAGAGUCGCCGCUCAGCAGGGAGACGCUGCUGGCUGGCAGAGAAAGGGAAGAGAAGGAGCGGGGAAGGGAGAGAGAAAGGGAAACCGCAAGCGAGUCGGUCCUGGAGAGAUUGAGCCGCGUUGAAGCGGCGGCGCUCCAGACAUCCUUGACGAGGAGACGUCACGCAGAGCCCUCGAGUUCAAGACCGAGUGGAGAAACCGCAACUACAGCUACAAGCAACGCCACCAAAACAGUAGAAGGUCUCGAUGGGCACAAGGGGUCUGAGAAGAUCAUCCAGUGCCCAAACCCCAAGCAACUCGACCUCAAGGCAGCCAAAGGUAUGUUAUUCGGUUGUAAAUCGCCUCAAGACAACCUUGUAGGAGGUGGAAGGGAACCAAAGCAGGAGGGCGACACUAAUAACGGUCCGUGUUUAAGGAAGAACUCCGCUGCUACUCCUGACAAAGUCAUCAACACUUCACUCAUCGGUAGUCCACUGGCUUUGCGUAAAGCCUUUAAACCCUCAGCUAUGGGGGACAGCUUGAGAAAAGCUGAGAGCAGUGACUCAAGGACUUCAGACCUGAACUCCAAGAGCCCCAAACUGCCUAUUCGGAUCCUCGCUCCCGCAGUCCCCCCGCACGGGCCGCAACUGAGUCUGGGCAAAGUCAGACAGGGUCUGGGGCCCGUCAAUUGCUAUCGGGGAACCCUGGACUGGGAGGACAAAUGUCGGCUGGAGGUUCUCGAGGAGCAUUCGCCCUCUCCUUCGCCGUCCCCGACCGCGGUCAUCCCCUCCCUCUGCGGACCGUCGCUGUGCAAGUCGCGGCCCGUCUCCCCCGGCGACAAGACGAGCUUCGUCAGCCAGCUGACUACCGUGGCCAAGAAUGUGCUCGGCCCGAUCAAGCUGGGCUCCCAGGAAGGCUCCAGGAGCAAAGCAGAGCAGCAGACCAGAACGGCAGACGAGAAGCAGCUGGCCGCGGCUGGAAGAUGUGACCCUGCGGGAGGUAGUCGGGGGCUUGUGGCUGUGGUGACGCAAAGCCCUGCAAGUUCGUCCCAAGAGAAGGCAGCCCAACCAAAAUGCGCAACUGAAACCACAAACUAAAAUGCCUUCAUUGGAUGAACGAUGCAACAAAAGUCAAGCACUUAAAAUGUUGUACAUUCCAAUUUUAGAGCUUAUCAAAUCUUAUUUAUUGAUUCCAAUCAUGGACUGAUUCUACCUUCAACCAGGAUGAGAACAGUCCACUAUAAAGGUGCAUUAACUUUUGAUUAUUUUAAUAAGAAGAUUCUUAAAGUAUUGUGGAACACUUUAUCAGAUGUCUAUAUGUGUGAGUCCACGUGGAUGCAUGUCCUGUGGUAUGUACUGUACAUGUAAACUAGGUAUAAGAAGGUCGAAAAAGUGCUUUAGUCAUCAAAACUGUGAAGACCAAAUCGCGUGGCUCCGUUUUGUCGUAAACUGUGGCACAGUCACACCGUAACGUUUGCUUUAAACAACACACACAGGACCAGCGAUGAGACGAUUGCGCUAGUUUAUUCUCCAUGCGGCGGUUUAUUUUGGCCCACGGACGGCGCCGUCAGAGGGCGUCACAUCUUGCGCGCGUACGGCUCUAUUACUGGUGUUUCUGGUGCUGACAGAGCUCAAGCUCAGCGCUUAUCUCCUCCUCACAGGAGGGCCACCGCCGCCCUUCACACACACGCAUUGCCACCGGAGGCGGCCGUGUCAGCAGCUGAUAUUGGCGCGUUUGAAUGCAUAUCCCCGCGUGCUCUGUGAAACGUGUUUGCCCGAAAGCGAGCCAAGCGGUGCACACAGCGCUCAAAACACUGUUGAUUCGGCAAUGACAAACAACUGGAAAUAAAACAAUAGGUCACCCAUUAUAUUAACUUGCUUUAGUUGUUCCUGCUGACUGAAAACGAAUUGCUUGUGAUUGUGUUUGAGGGCGUGCUCGCAAUACUGCAGGCAAUCUGUGCCACACUCAAGCACGCUUGACAUCUAAACUCUCAAUUGCUUGACUCAGUGCCGUGCUUGAGCACGGUAUACAGUCAGGUCCAGAACAAAAUUUGCAUCUCUUUGGAUCUAAACACCGCCAAAUGUGAUUUGAAAUGAAACGAACGAGAUGUCCUUUAACUCCGGACUAUAAUUUCAUCCAAAUCAGGAAAUGACAGUGUAGAAAUGACAACAGUUUGGAAAUAUAUUCCUCCCACUUUUGAAGGGACCAGGUGUAAUGGGACAAUUGGCUGCUCGGUUGUUGCAUGCCAUUUACAAGGAGCACAUAAAAGGUCUGGGGUUCAUUUCAAGUGUGCCAUUUGCAUUUGGAAUCUGUUGCCGUCAACUCUCAGUGAGUUCCGAAGAGUUGUCGCUAUCAGUGACAAUCUAAACAAGCCCAUUAGAGAGAUCACUCUCUGAUCCGUUGUGUUGGUUUUGAGCCAAAAAGGUGAGAAUUGUUUCCAAGUCCCGAUAUUUAGUGACCUGACUGUAUUUUCCCGGGCCAAACCGGACAACACUGAACAAAAUUAUGGAACUACGUGAGUCCAAAUUUGAUAAGAACAAACUUGUAAUUUUACUCUUUUUUUUUUUUUUUUUUACUCUAAAAAGUAUGAAUUUUUACAAAAAUAAGGAUUUUCAUUUUAUUUGAUCAGUGAACCAGACGUGUUUUUAACAAAUAUUACAUGACAUAUGAUAUUACCAAUAUAUAUAACUGGCUGCUCAGACUGUUCCAUUUAUGUUUGUAUGGGAAUAUUGACAUAUCCUCGCUAAAAUUAAAAAUGUGCUCCCCUUGCUUCAUCCUCGUUACCUCACACGUAACUCUUCAUUUUACUCUUUGUUUCUUCUCAGUGUGGCCCUUUGAAAUAACCAUAACGACUCAAGAUAAGCCGAAAAAUCCACAAAGUUGCAUUAGCGCAGUGUGGUAUCAUGAAAUGAUGACAUCAUUCUGGACAUGCUUGACGGCGAGGGUUAAGUGCUUCACUAUACAGUUAGGGACAUCUGAUCCAGUAUUUGUGCCCCCUCAUAGAUACACGUACAACGGACACGAGCGCGUGCACAAAAAUGUGUUGAUUUGAGCCCAAACAGGGAGAAAAGCAGGCAGUUGUGGAUGCAGCAUCAAGAAAUGGUUUUGCAAAAAGGGCUCAAUGGAUAACAAAUGGAGGGAUAUGUAUCAAAUAAGAGCUUUAUUAUAUAUAAUACAAUAUAUUGUGGUUUAAGGUAACCAAAAUCAGAUGGUUUCAUGUUGCUAUAUCGUGUUUAAUGUCAAUCAGAACAAUGAUCGCAUCCAUCUCCAUGUAAGUCAUAACAGUAGCUAGCCGGUGUACUUUAUGCAAACUGUGCGUGUGACAGUAGGACUAAAUGAUCUCACUUCAGUUGUGUCGUGCAUUGUUUAUUGCCACUCAACUGCUUAUAUCAGUUCAGCGUCAGUUUAAUUUGAAAACAUGCAAACACGUGAUAGACACACGUUCAAAUGUUUGACUUUAAAAAAAAAAAAAUUUCCCAACAACAACAUUUGCAGUCAGUUUAUGAAAGGGAAGUUGCAUUUGUGUAGAAAAGCAAAAUGUGGAGGGCACAUGAAGGUUACACAUCACUGGGCCAGCAUACAAAACAUUUGAUGUGUCUUUUAUCAAGUGUUGGUUGAUUUUGAUCCAAUGAUUAAUUUUGUGAUCCACAAAUCAUGGUAUAAUUCUAUUUUUAUUCCCGCUGGUAAAAAAAACAAAUAAUAAUAAUAAUGCAGUACAGCCAGGGUUCAAGCAGUUCAUGCAGUUUGCGGUUGAUUGGUACUGUACUGACCCCCAGUGGUUCCAACAUGAGUCACUCAAAUGUGCAAUAACGAACUGCAAGUGAAACAAAUCGAAGGAUCGCUUAUGUGGUGGAGAACAGACGUUGGUAGCUGCAGCCUGGUUUACUUAAUAUGCAUUUAUACGUGUCAAAUGACCAAGUAUUAGCAGUAUUGAAAGUUUUCUGUGUUUAUGUGGUCAUUUUCCUUGGGGUGAUGGGCAAACAAACUAAAUACAGUGUAAAGGUCAGGAUAGGAUCAUUUUUAUAAGUUGACAUCAUUUGAGUCCCUGAGUAAAAUAAUUGUAAUGUUUUACUGCUCAUUCCCAUUUUCAGGCCUUUUACAGCACGGUAGCGUUGACACUCGUGUUACACAUUCGAGACUGCAGAGUUAUUUGAAUGCACUUUAUUGAAAAAUAUAAUGUAUGUGCAUUACUCUGAGGGAAAAUGACAUGUCUGAGUUUGAUGAUUUAAUGAAAACAUUCCACUUUUAUAUGUUCACUAAUAAUGUAUUUAUUUGUACCUUGAUUUUAAUUUUUGUUUGUGCUAGAGACCUCAAGUGCAGUGAGUGGAAUAAAAUGUGGAGAGUUGUUCCCUAA